AUGGACGGAGUAGAACGCACCGGCAAAGUCAACAAAGCAGAUGGCUGUCGGUUGUUGGUAACUAUGGCGGAAUUCAAGGACCCGUCUCAGUCGCGAAAUCCGGCCUUGUUGGGUCACGUCCUGGAGUCGCGCACAGACUGGAACCGCGAGAACAAUAGCGAGGAUCUUCGCAGCAAUGUCGAUGAGGCUUAUGCGGCGGUAAUUCCCACAUUUUGUCUUAUCACCCUUCUUGUGGACAGGCACAAGGAUGCCUGA